GCCUCCCAAAUCGUCUGAAAGGGUGGUAACAAUGCAACAGUCCGUGUACAGGACCCUGUAAAUAACAGUACAAAGGCCGCAUCGUCCUUCUUGGAAGCAUCUUCGCCUUUGACCCUGAUCUGUGCGCAAUGAAAGCCACGGGCCGAAUUGUUCGGAUCAUCACGCGCCCGCCAUAAGAGGGGCGCGGCGCCAGUCAACAAACGUCAACACCACAGCUUAUACCAUUACCAGUUCGAACCGAUAUGUACGCUGACCCCGCCGCCGCUGCCGUCCCCGACCCGUAUUCGGACUACAGCGCGCCGCCCGCAGCGCCCCCGCGCGACGACCGCGACCGCGAUCGCGACGCGCCCCCCUCCCGGCGCUCGCGUAGCCGCAGCCCUGCUCGUUCGUACGCGCGCAGUGUGAGGUCGCCUGUGCCCCCCAAGCGUCCGUCCCACGCGCCCAUCGCGCCCAAUCCGACCCAGGUGUUGGGCGUGUUUGGGCUCAGCAUUCGCACUGAGGAGCGCGACCUUGACGAGGAGUUCAGUCGCUUUGGCACGGUGGAGAAGGUCACCAUCGUCUACGACCAGCGCAGCGGUCGUUCUCGUGGCUUCGGCUUCAUCCGCAUGUCCACAGUCGAGGAGGCGACGCGCUGCAUCCAGGAGCUGAACGGCAUCGACCUCAACGGACGCAACAUCCGUGUUGACUAUUCCGUAACUGACCGCCCGCACGCCCCCACCCCUGGCGAGUACAUGGGCCACCGCCGUGCGCCGCGGGACUCGUACCGCGACUCUUCUUACCGUGGCGGGCGCGACUCCUACCGGGAUUCCUACCGCGACUCGUACAGAGACCGCGAUCGUGACCGGGACUACUACCGCGACCGGGACUCGUAUCGCGAUUACGACCGUGACUAUCGUCGGGACGACUGGCGCGAUAGGCGCGCGUCGCCGCCGCCGAGGCGCUAUUCGCCGGACUAUCGGAGGCGGCGCAGCUACUCGCGUAGCCCGCCGCGGGGUAGCAGCCCGAGGCGCGCGGCUGACUACGAGGCGCCCGCUCCGGCCCCGCCGGCCGAUAGGUGGUGAAUGGUCUGACACGAUUUGCCUGCAGGUCUCCGUCGUAGCUGGCUAGUGAGCGAACGCGACGAAGCGCAAGCGGUCGAAGGCAGAAGGCAGAAGGUGCAAAACGAAGCAGAGAAGAGCAAGGGUGUCUAUUUUUUCUUGAAGCCCUCCUGUCGUCUUUGGCGCUGGCCUCGUCUUCGGCAACAUUGCUUCCCUCGAUGUUGCCG